GAAGAACCAGCUUGUCAGUAUUUCUUUGAUUUGAACAAGCAUCAGGGAAAGAAACGUCCUUCAGAUGGGAAAGAGGGAGGCAACUCCCAACCUAAGCAAGCCAAAAAACCCCCACAGCCCACAGGGCCCUGCUGGUUCUGCCUUGCCAGCCCAGAAGUUGAGAAGCACUUGGUUGUUAGCAUCGGCACGCAUUGCUAUCUUGCCCUGGCCAAAGGUGGCUUAUUACCUGAUCACAUCUUGAUUUUGCCUAUUGGGCAUUAUCAGUCAGUGGUUGACUUGUCUCCAGAGGUGGUGGAAGAAGUGACCAAGUACAAGUCUGCCCUAAAGGAAUUUUUCAGAAGCAAGGGAAAGAUAUAUGUCCUAUUUGAAAGAAACUAUAGGAGUCAACAUCUGCAGUUACAGGUGAUUCCUGUCCCAUUGGACCACUGUACUUCUGAAGACAUUAAAGAGUCUUUUAUUGCACAGGCUCAGGAACAACAGAUUGACUUAUUAGAAAUCCCAGAGCACUCGGAUAUCACACAAGUAUGA